GUGUGGCUUAAAACCACAGGUCCCCCAAAAUAUGAGUUCUUGAGCUCUCCACUCUCCAGCUACCCGAAGGCGGCAUUGGAGUCUCAACUCACAACUCACAUAACAUCACAUCACAGCGAUAAGAAUUAAGAAAGCUUGAAUGGCGUCCAAUUAGAAUUAGGGUUUUGUCUGUUAACACUUCAACAAUUAACACAUCAUGGCUUCCCUCUUCCUCUCUAAUCCUACUACUACUACUCCUCUCUCUACUCCAUUCCUUCCUCCUAAACCUUUCUUCCGCGGCAAUACGAAGAACCCAAGAGCGCGUUUCGCCAAUUUUGCAAGCCCUAGAUGUGCUGUGGAUACACCAUUCGGAGGUAAUGUCCAAAAAUUUCCUCGAACGAGAGUGUGGGAUCCUUAUAGACGCCUUGGUAUUAGCCGUGAUGCCUCUGAGGAAGAAAUUUGGGGCUCGCGCAAUUUUCUUUUGGAGCAAUAUUCUGGCCAUGAGAGAAGUGCGGAAUCAAUAGAAGCUGCAUUUGAGAAAAUACUGAUGGACAGUUUCCAACAGAGGAAGAAAACCAAGAUUAAUUUGAAAACCAAGUUGAAGAAGAAAGUAGAAGAAUCUCCACCUUGGAUUAAGAACUUGCUCGAUUUGGUGGAACUUCCUCCAACUGAUGUCAUUUUUAGAAGAUUGUUCCUGUUUGCAUUUAUGGGUGGCUGGAGUAUCAUGAAUUCUGCUGAGGGUGGACCUGCUUUCCAGGUCGCAGUUUCUUUGGCAGCUUGCAUUUAUUUCCUCAACGAGAAAACAAAGAGCUUGGCCAGGGCCUUCAUUAUUGGACUUGGUGCUCUUGUGAUUGGCUGGGUAUCUGGUUCUCUCCUGGUCCCCAAUAUUCCUGCGCUUCUAUUGCACCCAACAUGGACUCUUGAGCUUUUAACAUCACUAGUCGUAUACUUAUUUUUGUUUCUUGCUUGUACUUUUCUCAAGUAACAUUCUGAUUACACUAUCAUCGCUAUUCAUUUUUACGUGUUAUCAGAAAAUUGUGGAUGAGAACAUUCCUUACAACCUUCCUAUAUUGAUUGAAUUUUGAGUAGCCAA